AUGAUGAAGACAACUGCAAUCUUUGGCUGUGUGCUCAUAGCCGCCUUGUGCAUAGCAAAUCUGCCAUUCGGGGCAGCCGUCACCUGUGCGGUUGAUCCCACAGAUCCGGCCUGCAUCGACUGCACUGUGGACCUAACCAAUAUCCAGUGCGUGUUGGCAACAACUACAGUGGCACCCGAGGUCACCACAGUGCCUGGCGGAGUGACAACAGUAGCUCCUGGUGCUGGCGUCACAACCGCUGCUCCGGGUACAAGCGACACAACAACGGCCAGUACGGGCACGAAAAAGAAGACGAUCCGCAAGUACAAGCGGAAGGUCAAGGGAGGCAAGACAACAAUUAAGCGUAGCCGCAAGACAAGGCGCACCAGGAACAACAGCACAAAAUUCCACUAA